AGGUAAAAGUAAAGGAAAAACAUCUGAAAUAGCUAAAAAUAACAUACGUAUGCAGUUAUAUUUGCUAUAUAGGUAAUUGUUGCAAUAGCUAGCUAAAGUUAAUAGACAUUUGAAACUGUUAGCUAAAUGUGUAAACAGUUGAAAUAGUGAGGUAAAAGUGAUGGACAGAUGGUUGAAAUAGAUAUAUGAAAGUACUGGAUAAAGAAUAGUUAGCUAAAUGUUAGAUGCAGUUGAAAUAGAAGAUAAAGAUGUAUGGAUAAACAGUUGAAGCUAAAUAGUAUUGGUGAUAGGGUUUUUCUGACAGCUUGGCAGCCCUAGGUUUAGUCAUGGUUUAGUCAUGUUCAGUUAGAAAUAGUCUGGCCUGGUUUAGUUUCUUUGUUAAAAGUCAAUCAACCUCACAAUCAACUAGUGGUUUAAAGGUUUGUUUGAAGGUCAAUAGAAAAAUACAUCUACCUCCAUUAUGAACACCAACAUUUCAUCUGCUCUUCCACAGGGAUCACAGUGACUUAACUCCAACCUCAUAUCUUCUGUAAACACAGAGCUGAGAGCUGCUUCCUUCCUCGUCCUGGAUAAGACGUUUCACAUGUAGGAGGCCAACAUGAAGAAAAAAAAGCAGCAGCCCAGAAAACUCACCAAAGAAAAGGAUAAAAAUGUUUCCACAGACAAAGCCUCCCAGGCCUUCAGGUCCAACAGGCUGGAGUUUGAGAGCUUCCUGCAUGAGAUGAUUCGGUGGUUUUCAGACCGUCAACAUGAGGUGGACGAGCUGUUCAGCCACAGUGACACAGACAGAAGUGGAUCAGUCAACCUGAAGGAUUUUGAGCUGGGUCUGAUUAACUUGGACGUCCCUUGUCAGCAGUUUCAGCUCCACAUGCUGAGUCAGCUGCUGAAGACCAACGACAACAUGAUCAGUUAUCAAGACUUGAGCAGCCAAGUGCAGAGACGGAGACUGAGUGACAGCACACAGAUCGACCCUCAGAUAUCAGAGGACGUCUCUGGUUUGGAAAGAAGUGCUCGCCGUCGGCUGUUAAACCCUGACAAGGACAAGUUCAUCCGUCUGCGUGUCAGACUGAUCCCCUUCGAAUCAGCUGCUGCCCAUCCAGGGAACUUUGUGGCGGUUUUGUCGAGCAGCAGCAGAGUUUUCGGCCUGAUCAGGAUGAUCCAGGACCGGGUCGGGAUCCAGACCUCCAGGCUGGAGGUUUUCCGGAGCAGAGUGCCCACAGAGGAGGCCCGCCUGCUACCGGAGUGCUCCCUGGAGGAGUGUGGCUUUAAAGGGGGGCCAGAGGAAACUCCUCCAGAGGACACUUUGUACUACGACUACAGACUGCCGUUUACAGACUGUCCCAUCCUCAACUGUGACCAGUACUUCAGGUCAAAGCCAGACUCUGCUGCCGGUGUCCGUAAAUGACAUAACUGUCCAACUUUUUUUAGCCAUGCAUGUUAGCAGUGUGGAUAUAGAGAUGUCGGUCGGCCUACUACUUUUAACUUGCCAUCUUGGCAGUGCCUUGACUUGCCGGCUUCCUUCUAAUCCAAAAAAAUGGAGAGAGGUGGAGCUGAGGCGGGUUGCUGCAGCUAGCCACCUGUGAUGGUACCCACCUGUCACUUAAAGCGGCCAUGAAUAUAACUAUGCAUAACUUUUUUGUACCAGAUUUAGCUACUAGCUCAUUGCCAUCUGCAUUGACUAGAUAAAUAGCUAAUGUUAGCAUGCUAAGAGUUGGGUCUAACUCUUUUUUUUUUUUUUUUUUAUUAAAUAGAGUUAUUUUUUUGUAUAACAAUCUUUAUGAAGUAUAUUAAAUGAUGUCUUGAGCUUGACUUAA